UUCCCUGCUACGGCGAUAGCUACAGCUACAAUCAUGGAGUCCGAGCUUGCUCCCAAGUUUGCGCCCUUUGUCGGGAUGGGCGGCAUCGCGGCUGCGAUGAUAUUUGGAUGUGUCGGUGCGGCGUAUGGCACUGCGAAGUCAGGAAUUGGUAUCGCCGGCGUGGGAACCUUCCGGCCGGAUUUGAUCAUGAAGUGUCUGAUUCCCGUCAUCAUGUCCGGUAUCCUGGCCGUCUACUCGCUCGUCAUCGCAGUCCUCAUAGCCGAAGAUCUCGCUGCUCCGUCAUCGAAGAGCUACAGUUUAUUCACGGGCUUUAUGCACCUUGGCUGCGGCUUGUCCGUAGGACUGACUGGGCUCGCGGCUGGAUACUGUAUUGGCAUUGUCGGCGAUAGUGGCGUCCGUGCCUAUAUGGCCCAGUCGAGGAUAUUUGUUGGCAUGGUGUUGAUCCUCAUCUUUGGCGAAGUACUAGGACUCUACGGGCUCAUCGUUGCGCUUUUGCUUAACACCAAGAGUUGAACUCGACACACUGAGGACGGACAUGCUCUUUUUCACUGUUUCACGGAUGUUUACAACCAAAUGGCCCCGGUCAAUGUUCAAUGUUCCUUUAAGUUGUUCUCUUAGACGCCGUGUACAAUCUCAACUGAGUCGACGUGGCGUGCCUACUUACUACGCGCCUCGAGAACGGUGGAUUGCGCCGAUAUGAACGGGCUGAUCAGGGCUACCGGGAAUUUGGCAGGUUGACGAGGCUCCUGUUGAAGAGGCUAUUACACGCAACCCAGGGUCCUGGCAGCGUAGAGUUGGGCAUCAGAGCGACUGGAAGAUGAUCACCACGCUGCAGGCUUUCCUCUACUAGCACCUUUUCCUUACAAGCUACGAGACCGGAGUAAUGUUAAUACUAGGUACGAGGC